AAGUGUUCCUUAGCAGAUUGCAUCAAUCCGUACGUGAGGACAACAGCUCAUAUUGAUGAUGCUGAAAUUGGUUGGAGAGCCGUGAUCAGUGAGCUGUUUGGUGUGCAUGAGCACAACAGUAUCAGCACAACGAUGGUUGCGUUGUUCAUUCUGGCGCUAUCUGUAGCCGUGAGUGUCGUCUUGAUCGUUCUGCUCGCCUUCUAUUGCCUGAUGCAGUGCUGGCGACAACGCUCACGAUCUGCCACCGACAAGUGCCUUCCGAAAUAUUGCGGUAAGUCGUCAUCGCAAGUGAAUUACCCUUUACGGCAAUUAUAG